AUGCGAUUGCUUAUCAUACUACUAACAACAAGAGCCUGGCAGCCAUCAAGAAUAGCAAGACACCCGACGCACCUACGAGCAUCAACAAAUGAGGCCGAGGGCGUGCGACGAGGCCUCGAAUCAGUGGUCUGCGUCUUCAGCACGACGGCGGCGCCAGAUUAUGGCCAGCCCUGGGCGUUGUACGCCGAGGAAGACGUUACGGGGAGCGGCUUCUGGGUUUCCCCUACCCAAGUCGUCACCAACGAACACGUGAUCAAGCACGCCAGGGACGUGCGGGUACGGCCCCACGGGUCGGCGCGCAAGUUGAAAUGUAGGGUGGCCUUCGCGUCGGCGGAGCGCGAUCUGGCUUUACUCGAAGUGAUUGACGACGCGAUGUCGCCUCCAGUACUAAAUUUUGCGCAGUCGCUGCCGGAGCUCUACUCCGCGGUGGCCGUCGUCGGCUACCCUCUGGGCGGCGACAACAUCUGCGUCACCCGCGGUGUCGUUUCUCGCCUGGACGCGAUGGCGUACGGGGGCGAGGGCCGCGGCGAGCGCUUGCUGGUCGUCCAGAUCGACGCCGGCGUGAACAGCGGCACGAGCGGCGGUCCUGCUUUAGAUGAGCGCGGCCACGUCGCGGGCGUGGCCUUCAGCUCCUACGCCGGCUCGGCGGACAACAUCGGCUACCUCGUCCCGGCGUCGGUCGUCGAGGCGUUUCUGCGCGAGGCGGAACUUAAUGAGCGGUGCCCGGGCCUCUGCGCGCUGGGCAUCAGCUGGCAGACGGCGCAGAAUAAAGCACUGAGACGGUCGCUGGGGCUGCGGGGCGCGGAGGGCAUCCUCAUUACAAAAGUGAGCGGCUCGACGGCAGGGGUUCUGGAGCCCGGCGACGUCGUGAGUUCCGUGGCCGGCGCGCCCGUCGCCGACGACGGUACUAUACAACUACGGGGCGCGGAGCGCGUCCACGUCGCGCACCUUAUCACUUCUAGAAGAGUGGGCGACGAGAUCGACGUCGGCUUCGUGCGCGCCGGCGCGUUAAGAAUAGAGAAGGUCACCCUGAAGCCGCCGGAGCGGCCCGUUCCGACGGUUGCGGAGUGGGACCAGAGUCCGUCCUACGUCAUCCUGGGCGGUCUCGUGCUGCAGCCGUUGUCUGCCCCGCUCUGGGACGCCUUCGACGACGAGGAGGCCUACGAGGACCCGGCCGACGUCGCCGCGAAGUACGGCGCCGCUACGCAUGAAAUCGUGGUCUGGACCUCGACGCUGACCUCGGACGCGAACUACGGCUACUCGGAGCUGUCGCACCGGCUCCCGCGGCUGACGAAGGCCUGCGGUAUUGAUGUAGAAAGCCUCGCGCACGCGGCCGAGGUGCUGCGCGACGCGCGCGAGCGCGGCGACGCGUUUUAUGAUCUGCGCUUCCGCGACCCGGGCGCGUCGGACGAGGUGCGCGUCAUUUUGGACAUCGACGAGGUCGACGCGACGGACCUGGAGCUUUUGGACCGGUACUCGAUCCCGGACCUCUGCUCGCGCGACAUAGCCGACGCGUACUGGGGCCCGGAGCCGCCGCCGCCGCCCGCGGCGCGGCGGCGGCGGUCGAAGAAGCGCCGGCGGCGGUGAGAGGCCUGUUGUUGUUUAACCUUAAGGAUCGUAAGUAUAAGGGCUUGCUAGUGUCUUACAGACCUCUAGCUUCCCACAAUCGUCGGCUUUGCCCAGACGGCCCGCGGAGGCAACGGCACCGGACAGGGAGAGGCCUGAGUUCAGUCGUCGACGUGCGCUGACUUUAGCCUGUAUCACGUCGGUGAAACGAUUGAACCGGCGGCGGUGAAACUUAGGUCGUCAGCACGCAUUUUGAUGUCGGCUCCUUCCUCUCGUCCUUGAGCGCGGACCUGUGUGGAAGUCAAUCCGUGUGUCGAGCAAGCGCCGCAUCGAUGGCGUGAACGCCACGUAAAAUUUUGAUUUUCACGCAGGCGCGGACGCGUCGACGGCCGUCGGCUACCAGACGCUCGUCCAGACGCAGACCAUGGCCUACCACGAGCUCGACGUGCCCGAGGCGAAGUUCUCCUACGACCUGAGCCCCAUGGCCGUCGCCGUGCGCACGACAGGCAAGCGCUGGUACGACUUCGUGACGAGCAUCUGCGCGAUCGUCGGGGGAACGUUCACGACCGUCGGACUCGUUGACGCCGUCGCGCACAAGGUCCUCAAGGCGGGGAAGCAGCUCUGA